GUUUUUAACAGGCUCCCGUGCGCAAUCGACCGCGCGUGGAUGGCUGCCGUCUGCCAGGCGUGGCUCACGGCGGUCGCGCGGGCGAUGGCUCUAAAAUUUCAGCUCCCGUCGCUCCUCCUCCUGCCCGCGGAUGUGACUGGCGUCUACUGCUACCUCAGCGGUUGUCGCAAACACAACAUGUUGCCUGGGCCCUGCUACUUCGGCUCAUACGAUGGUGGAUGGUUCUUCCUCGCCUACGGCCAGACUUGCGGGCACCGACUGCUCAACAUCCGCACCGGAGACUCCCGCGCGCUACCCGACGUGCUCUUCGGCCUCGCCGCUCACAAAAUCCACAGAAUGGUCGUCCUUGCCACCACCCUCUCCUUCCCGCCUGAAGACCUGCGACUGCGAUGCAUUGUUGCAGGAAUUGUCACCUACCAGCCUGACAUCGACGCGUCGCGCCGACGCCACUUCGCGUUCUGGCGCCCAGGGGCCAAGGUGGUCGUCUGCGACGUUUUGCCCGCCGUGCCAGUUGGGUCGGGUUGGGAACAGGAGGACGUCGUGUACUACCGGGACUCCUUCCAUUUCCUAACCCAAGGUGGGCAUAUCCUCAUGUGUGGACCGAUCUAUGGUCCAUAUGGGGAUGGGGGUAUCCUGGUCGUGCUGUCGGCGUUGUCGUGCUUCCAGGAAGGCAGGUGCAGUUGUAGUGACGAGCAGUUCGUCCGCGCUCGCUACCUCGUGGUAUCCCGCGGGGAACUGCUCAUGGUUGUCAGGCUUGCUGCCCACCAUCAUGUGCCGACGUCGUCGUUCAAGGUUUUCCGGAUGAUUAUCAUUGAGCCAGACGAUAAUGGGGAGGAUGCUGAUGAGUACACAAGGACCUGGAUCGAACUGGGUGAGUUGUGUGGCCGGAUGCUGUUCGUGGGCAGAGGUUGCUCUUGCUCGUGGCCGAGCGCCUCGUCCCAACAUUCCUGGACAGGUUCGGUCAAGGAUGAGGGGUAUGUUAACACCCGGGAGCAGAACAUCACAGAUGCUAUUGAUCUUUUCCUGCACCUCACGACAGGCAUUGCGUCAGCAUGA